CCGUUCUCCCUCAUUCCCCAGCCGCCGCCCACCCCCCUGGCCUUCUCCCUCUCUUGCUUCGCUCGCUGCCGCCGCUUCUCCCUCUCCGGCCUCCUUGCCUCCGUCGGACGACUCGGAUCGUCGCUGCCUCGCUCGCCCUCCUCGGUCGCAACUCGCUCUGGCUCCUCGCUCGUCGGCGCCGACUCGGCCUCGCCCUUACUCUCGCCGCCUCGCCAGUCGCCCCCCUCGCCCUCGGUCGUCGCUCGCCCUCGCCGGCCGCCGGCUCUCCCCUCGUUCUCUCGCUUGCUGCCUCUCUACCUUUCUCGACUCUCUCGCUGACUUUGUAAGGAGGCGGAAAUGAAUAUACGAGUGGAACGAUCCAACAUUUGGAUGCUAUGAAGUGUGACAGCUUGGGAGAUUGACACUCAAGCUGCUGGAAAUCAGUAUGAACCAAUCCUGAUGACAAAUGAUUUGGAUCCUUUGGAUGACAUUUUCCUUGAGCGUGCUGCUAAUAAUGCUAGGGCCGGUGGCAAGUUUCAACCUAAAACCAAACCCCGCCCAAGAAAGCAAUCAUCUGCCCCAGUUCCUUCUGCACGGUCUUUUCAGGUUGCUGAUGUUGCAGACAAUGAAUUGGCUGCUGUGGUGGGCCCAUCAUUGGUUAGUCCUGAGGAAUUGAAAAAUAAUGAAGAAUCUGCUCCUGUAGUUCAUUCCUCUCUGUUAGUGAGCUCUUCGUUUGAACAUGUUGUAAUUGGAGAGAGAUUGGGGAAUAAUGUUAGUCUGCAUUCUGAUGUCUUGUUACCUGACAAUAAUGGAAGUUGGCGUCCAGCCACAGGGAAAUUGGCAGGAGAGAGUGCAGACAUCUUUUUUGGACUGGAAUCUCUUGAUGAUUUUUAUUCUCAAUCAACAACUGCUACAGUCAGUAUGUUAUCUAUUCUAUUAGCAGUCAGUGCUGUGAGUAGAUCUCCACACCGGGUAGACCCGAGUGUCCAACUAGGAAAUGAGUUUGUGGCACCGUCCCCUGUAGAUAAUGAUGCAGAAGGUUCUCUUGCACCUUUGGAGAUGCUGCCCACUGUUCAUGCUUCUGAUACAAGGAAUGCUGCAAGUGGAGCUGUUACCCCAUCUUUUGUUUCAUCUCUUGAUGACUCAACUGUUAGGGCAUCUAAUACUUUCUCACCUAAUACAAAUCCUGAAGUUGCUAUUCCACAAGAUCCCUUAACCCAUGGGGAACCUUUGCUUUCUAAUUCUGAUGGAGGUUUGCACAUUGAUACUGCGGGGGUGGAGAUGGAGGAAUUAGAUUAUGUUCCUCGCUCAGAAAACUUAGAUAAUCUAUAUGAGUUAACUGAAGCAUCUGGACAGCAGACUGGCAAAUUCCUUCCCAAGCCCAAGUUUCAAAUUGGUUUAAUAGAGGAACCUGGUUCUAACACAUCUUAUACUGAUGGGGUUGAGUCUCUUCCAUGUUUUCAAGAUGAUCUGUCCAUUCCUUCUGAAGGUGAAUGCAUUAAGGAAGGCUCUAUCCCUGCAUUUCAACCAAAUCAUGAUCUUGAUUUCCCAUCCUUGGGGUUUGGUGAUUCUACUUAUGAACUUCCUGAGAAUGAAAAACCAACAGAUCACAUGGAGGCUUCUAGUUCAGAUGCUUCUGUCCCUGGAGAAAAUCCUGAGGAUGUUCCUGAACUUGCAGAUAAGAGUGAGAAGGGUCAAGAAGGAAAAGGUCCUAUGAUAUCAGAUGAAUCUCCAGAAAGGCAAAAUGAUUUGAUAUCUGGUCAGGGGAAUGAAUCUGGCAGGGCAACACGGAAGCCAAGAAAACAUAUUAAUGCAUGUGAACUUGUUGAUGAAGAUGAAGAAGCAGAUGAUGAUUGUAACUUUGCAUAUAAAUGUAACAAUGGUUCUCAUGUAGAUGGAGAUUGUAAUAAUGAUGGUGAAUGUGAAGUAGCAAAUGAAACUAGAAAAAAUGGAAGAGCACUGCGGAAGACCAAGAAAUCAGUAUCUCAGAAACAAAAACCAGUUAAGAAGCGCAAGAAGGUGAAUAAAGUAGCGGAUCUGGAAACUAAAGAGCCUCCUAAAAAAUUUUCUCACUCUACUCGCCGGAGGAGAAGACUAGUGGACAGGACUUUGCUUGAGACCCCAGAGGAUGAAAUUGAUGUUCAGAAAUUGCAGAUUAGAGAUCUAAUAUUGCUUGCAGAACACAGGGAGCGGAUGUCUAGCAAAGAGGGAAACACUAUGAAAGCACCUUCAACCAAUCAACGUGCCAGUAAUUCUUUUCCUGACUAUGAUGAAGAUGAGGCAUUUGCUGCAGAACAAGGAGGCUCUAGUAGUAAUCAAAACAACCCUACUGUUCAAGAAAGUACUAUCUUCACUAAUUACCAAUCUUUCACGAACAGAACACCAAGGUCAAGAUGGUCAAAACAAGAUACAGAGUUGUUUUAUAAGGCUGUGCGACAGUUUGGUUCGGAUAUAUCAAUGAUCCAACAACUUUUUCCUGAUCGGACACGCACGCAAGUUAAGUUGAAAUACAAGAAUGAAGAGCGUCAACACCCAUUGAGGCUUCAUGAAGCUCUAACUAAUCGUGCCAAAGAUCAUUCCCACUUUGAACUGGUGAUUGAGCGCUUACAACAACUUGCUGCUCAGGAAAAGCAGAGCUCCUUUAGAGAUGACUCAGUUGGCUUGACGGGCGAUGAGGAGGCAGAAAAUAACGAAGUUAAUGAAGAAGUAGCAAAACCCGAGGAGGUUGAGAAAGGAGAUGUGGAAUCUAUGGAACCUGAUGCUUCCGAAGUUCAGGAUCCUGUCAAGCCUUAUGAUAGUGAUGAUGACAUGUUCAGAUGGAGCCAAUAUAAGAGUGAAUUGUAAUGUUGACAAAGACAGUGACUUAUGGCUGUGCCAUAGGCUUGAAAAUUUUCAGUUGCCUUCACUACCCAUUACUGUGAGUAGUUCUUCAGUGAAUUAAUCUUAAACUUUAAUAAUUCAUCAUAUGGUUCUCCAAAGAGCUGUGUUAUGGAAAAUCCUGAGUUUCUGAUGGUUCCCCAAUUGUUCUAGCUUCUGUAUGAGAUCCAAAUGGAGACUUUAAUUAAUUAAAAGAUCUAUUCUCCCCCUUCCA